GCCAUCUUCUUAAUAUGUGGUCCUGGGCCAAUCACACUUGUGACUAUUAGCAACAUGGCAACGCUAUUUAUGCAUCCGACUUUCCAUCGACUUUGGUGUAAAUAAGAACUUGCACGGGGCAACCAUUCGAUGUCAACUGACCCGCUUCUACAUUUGGGUUCACCUGAAGAGACAUUUAUCUCACGUUCUGCAUCCUUUCUUCCCAUCUCGCCAUGUCCCUUGAAAGCCUACAGGGAAACAGAACACUCGAUAUUCUCUACAAAGCCGAGCAAGGAGGCUAUGGUGUCCUAGCACAAGUCUGCUAUGACGCUCAAUCGGUCAUCGCCCUUGUCCGUUCCGCAGAACGAAUGGCCAGCCCAGCAAUGAUUAUGCUGUUCCCUGUUACGCUGGCAUACGGAAAAGGUCCUUUCCUUCAGUUUUGCCUAUCCAUAGCACAUCAAGCGGCUGUGCCGAUCGCGGUCCACUUGGACCAUGCAACCGACCCAGAGCAUCUCGAACUCGCAUUGAGUUUAGCUGAAAAAGGAAUUGCUUUUGAUAGUAUCAUGGUCGAUGCUAGUCAUGCGGAGACUGACGAGGAGAAUAUCGCUCUUGCUCGGCCUUACAUCGACCGUGCAAGGAAGUAUGGGAUCGCGGUCGAAGUUGAGUUGGGUCGACUCGAAGGAGGUGAAGCCGGGUUGAGGAUGAUUUCAGAUGCGAAAUUGACAAAUCAAAAGAAUGCGGAUAUGUUCAUGAAAGGAACUGGUGCUGUGAUCUUAGCACCAAGUAUUGGAAAUCUGCACGGCUCAUAUCUCAAACCACCAAACUUCAGGCAGGACAUCAUUCAAAACCUGCGUACCACGUUCAAAGGACGGGGGAUCCCAUUAUGUCUUCAUGGCACAGAUGAACUACCAGACGAGCUGUUCCGCGAGUGUAUCGCUAGUGGCAUGAGCAAGUUCAACAUCAAUUCAUGGGCGAGAGAUCCUUAUCUGAAAACAUUUACCUCCGCUUUGCAGGCAGGAAGACCGCUUCCUGACGCAAUCGAGGAAGCGACAGAGAUGUUUGCGACAGUGUGUGAUAGAUUCAUUACGCUGUUUGGGUCUGCAGGGAAGGCAUGA